CUUAGAGGCACGCAUCUGACUCAUCAAAGACAUCACAAAAUUUGGCACGUGAAAUGCACAUGACGAAGCUUCGGGCCUUCUGGAUCCACCGUCGCAAAAAGGAAAGAAAGAAACAAGGUGGUGAAUGGGUUGCUUGGUUGGUUGGUCAUUGCCUAUGUAGGAGAAUGAUACGGAAAGAAAGAACAAACAGGAGUAUCUUUUGAGAGGUCACAGUUCGUACCACUCGUUGAUCGCAUCCUUACCGGCUAUCUACUACUCUAGCUAGUAGCAUCUUUCCACAAAAGAUUUUUGGUGAGCACAAUGGACUAUCAUAACCAGAACAAUCCGGAGGAUGUCAGACAUGACGAAGUAGUAGUAACGGCUAGUACUAGUAGUACCGGUACCAAUGCUGACGAAGAAGCAGAUGCUGGGAUAUUUUCUCUGUGGCAGUCUUCGAGUCUCCUGCAAUCCUUGUGGGAUCAGCUAGCUCAUGAAACCACUCCCAACAAUAGCGUGCAUAAUGGGAGCAAUACACCAGCCUUGAAAGUUGUCGCCAUGACGGCUGGAACCAAAGCCACGCCGAAUCAAGCUGACAGCGCGCAAGAGCAAGAUUUCAGAAGGAGAACAGACACUACACCGUCGACUUUGAAAGUAGUCGCCAUGACGACGGGAGCCACAGCUACUGCUGAUAGAGCCCCUCUGAUUCGAGAUGAAGAAGAAGAGAAUGAUCACGACGACAAGGACGACGUCAUUUGUCCACUCUGGACGCGUCUUACCGAAGAUGGACUGCACCGUUGGCUGCGAGCCAGUGUGGUACAACUGGGCACCUUUGCGGCGCGUCAUCCGUGGACCACUGUCAUUCUCACAGUCUUGAUCAGUUUUGGAGUCGUCAUUGCCGGGCUCUUUACCAACGCCAAGAUUGUCUACAAACAUCGCGAAGUAUUUACUCCCAUGAACAGCUAUCCCGCGUUGCACGGUCAAUGGUACGACGAGCAGUCGGGAUUUGAAGACACACUCGAAAUGAAUUUGAUUAUUCAUUCUCAUGGAGACAAUGUCCUGCAAGUACCCGCCGUCCUCAAAGCAUUUGAAGCCUUGGGCAUCAUUCAAAACACACCCGGCUAUGCACCACUCUGUGCCCAGUCCACGUACAUUGAUCCCGACACGAAAGAAAACACCUGUUGGAUUUGGAGUGUCACCGAGUUUUGGGAUCACAACCGGACUCUCUUUGAACAAGAGUUUAGCGACCCCAACAAUGCCAACUCGACGGAUGAUCUCAUUCGCGCCGUCUCCCAGUCCGUCACCAAGGAAGGAUUUCCAAUCUUUCACGAAGUCAUUUUGGGAGCCUUUGAAAAGGCGGCCAACUAUUCUUCCGCACUAUUCCCCGAGGCGGUCGGAGAUGAUGACAAGCACAGCAACAUGAUGAUUCCCUAUGAUGCCUCAUCAUCAUCAUCAUCAUCACACGAUGAUGAAAAGGAAGGACAGCCGUCUUGGUUUCAUCACAUGGCCAUGCACAGUCACAGCCACAGUCAUGAUGAUUCUCAUGAGGACUUUGACAGUCGCGACGGCAAUGCCACGACACGACCACCCCGCCGCCGCCGUCCCGAUCCAGACUUUUGGUUGCAACACGUUCCCGCAUUCAUUGUCAGUAUUGGAUUUCCUCCGGCAGACAAUGUAUACGAGUUUCAAGAAGUGGCAUUGAAGAAUCUGCAGGCAUUGCAACAGCAAUGGAUCCAACAAGAAGGAACUGACCAGAAUCCACUAUCGUUGCGACUCGAGUUCUUUUGUUCCUAUGCCUACGAACUCGAAUACGAACGAGCCAUGGAGGAAGACAUGCCACUCGUGCCAGCCGUCUUUUUUGUCAUGUUGUUCUUUACCAUGUUUGUAUUUCAUCAAUAUACUGGCAGCAACAGCAACAACAACAGCAACAACAACAACAAGUCGUGCUGGGCCAGUCGAUCGUCCCUCGGAUUGGCAUCGGUCGCCACCAUUGGAUUGUCGUUGAUGAGCGGAUUUGGCAUGUGCUUUUGCUGGGGAAUCCCCUUUAGCAAUAUUACUCAAAUGGUCCCAUUCAUCAUAUUGGGCGUGGGUCUCGAUGAUACGUUCAUCCUCACGGGGGCAUACUUCAGGCGCUUGCAGCAAAGCCAAAAGGAAGAAGAAGAGGACGCUCGAGCUCACGUGCGCAAGGGUCCAAGCAAGAAGGCAUCGUCGGGGACUGCCAGCUACCCGUUUGAUGCCGAGUGUGGUGGGCAACCCCAAAAACAGGAUGCUCACAGCAGCACAAUCGAGGAGGAUCGGGAAGAACGAGUGGUCCAGAGGAUUCAUGACACACUCAACGAGGUGGGGUUGAGUAUCAGUCUUACCACCAUCACCACCACAUCCGCCUUUGUUCUCGGAGUGAUCAGUACUGUGCCUGGAAUUCGGUGGCUGUGCAUUUACGCUAGCGUGACCGUCGUCUUUGACUUUUUGUACCAGGUUACUUUCUUCUUGGCUCUUUUGGUGCUCGACGAGAGGCGGGUCGCCGGAACGCUGUUCAAGGGCGGUUGUUGGAGAUGUAUCUGCGAGUACUGUUUCUGCUGCUGCAUGUGUUUUCGCUGCGUGGGCGCCCCUGGUGGCUCGGAUUCACCUGCCCAGCGAAGGGGUUCCAGCAAUCUGACCCACCCGGGAUCUUCCAUGGAUUUAGUCUCGGCUGCAUUCAAAGAAGCAGUGACCAAAGAGCAGGAGGAAUUCUUCAUGGACCGUGCCAUGCGGUGGUACGCCAGACAGCUGCUUCGUCCUGGUGUCAAGGUUGUCGUAAUUAUGAUGUUCCUGGCCGUGACCGGCCUGAACAUCUAUUCUGCCUCCAUGCUGGAACAGCAAUUUAACAUUGAAGACUACGUACCAAAAGAGAGUUACACUCGAUCAUUCUUGGGGGCAUUGGAAGACUACACGAGUCUCCGUGCUUCCAUGGCGGUUUACUUUCGCGACGUGGAUCAAUCAGAUCCAGAAAUCCAGCGCCAGAUGCUUGACUACAUUGAUGAAAUAUCCAAGUUGCCGCAGAUUGAUGCGCAACCUCAAACCUGUUGGAUUCGAGACAUGUACGAGAUCCUUUCCGUCUAUGAAAACGUCAAGGAUAUGGACUGGUCCAAUUCUUCGACAACCCCAGACCCCCGCACAUCCAAGAAGUGCUACUUGGCUCAAGCCGUGAUGGAAGCAAACAUCACGUUUGAGGAGAGGCUAGAUGUCAUGAUGAACGUGCCUGUCAUUCGCGACGUGUACGGAUGGGACAUUGUGCGCGAUGAAGAAGGAAGAAUCACUACAUCCAGAUGCUACUUCAAUAUCAAACAUAUUGACCUGCACCACAUCGAUGAACAGAUUGCAAUGUUGGAGGAUCAGAGGGAUGUUACGUUGUCACAACCUAUCAACCAACACUUGGGAAAAAACGAAGAUCUCCCAUUCUUUGCCUACGACGACUUGUUUGGCUACUGGGAGUUGUACACCGUGGCAAUUCAAGAGUUGAUCUUCACCACCAUCUGGGGUGUUGUGGCUGUGUGUGUUGUCGGAUUCGUGAUCAUACCCCAUUGGACAGCCGUGUGCUUUGUGGGGCCGCUGAUUGUCAUGCUCUACUUCAAUCUUCUAGGAACCAUGCAAUUCUGUGGAAUCUACAUCAAUACAGUUACAUACGUCACAGUGGUGAUAUCGAUUGGUCUAUUGGUCGAUUUCCUUAUGCAUAUCCUUCUAAGGUACUAUGAGACGAAAGGAAGGACCAGGGAGGAAAAGGUCAAAGAAACACUGGAAACGAUGGGUGUGUCCAUGAUGCUAGGUGGAUUCACCACUUGGCUUGGUGUCAUUCCAUUGGCAUUCUCAACCACCAAGAUCUUCAUGACACUUUUCAUCGCAUUCUUUGCCAUGGUCACUUGGGGCCUGCUGGUUGGCUUGGUGUUCCUUCCGGUUCUCCUUUCCAUUUUUGGUCCAGUCGUUACCACUGCAACAUCUGUGACAACAAAGCCUCCCAAGAAGAAGAAAGUUGCCGUUCGUGGCAGAAAACUCUACGGAAGUGACCUCAUGAGUUCGAGUCGAUACAGUCAAACUGAAGACGAAACAGUGGCAUCUCACCGUUUUCAUGAGUCACCUUCUCCUUGCAGAAGCGCAAGACCAAGUUUGUCUGUAUGGGUGGAGAGGACCCACAGUUUAAGUGAUGGAGAUUCGUUGGACGAUGAUUCCUUUGUGACCUGUGUUUCAAAAUAAGGAGCCUGAAGUGUCCUUGAAUGCAUCUCUCAGGACGGAUGUGCAGAUCCACCCGCAUGUAACAAUUGCUUCCAAAGUUUCCGACCUCCCCACCUCCAAGGGACAGCUCUGUAUCAUGCAUGAUUCCACCAUCCAAAACAUGCAGUUGCGUGUUGGGUGUUGGUUCCCACCUCCUCCUAGCAUUGCAUACUUGUAGUUUGUACUACUAAACUAGCUAGAUAUGUACAUGUGCAUUUACAUGGGGGGCAAGACAACGAUUAAUAACAAGUUGAAAAGGCGAUUUGCUAUAGUUCAAUUCAAUUUACGCUGUAAAAUUUCUUCCGGCUCCGGGUGUUGGCAUCCGCUGAAGCUACGAUUGCCGCGCCACUGCAAGCCCCAAGCAAUUGUCCGAACUUCUUCAACCAGCCAGCCGGUCUUUUUCACUUUUCACUCACUGCCUUGCCCAUAGCAUCUUCAGUCUUCAGCUUUCUUCUUUCUUGCUGUGAAUGGCCUUAGCUUCUGGCAGAGACUGGCUCCACAGCAAGGAGCUUCUUUUGAGACUCGGACCGUUCGAUGCGUCUUCUCUCGACCAGCUUGGCAUGUUUCUUUCGAAUGGAUGCUGCUCGUUGCAGACUUUUUCGGUUCUUGACAGGUGCGGCCACCACAGGGCUUGUGUGAAGCUCACUCGACCAAUCGCCGGUACUGGGGGCAGCGUUUGUAGAAAAGGAGGAAACGGUAGAUGUCAUGGUGGAAAGUGAUUCCUUCAUUCGAGAGAAAUGGAGGUGAGGAUGCAAAGCUUUAUGAUAUUAGACUAGCUAGUGUGAAGUGUGAAAUAUUUUGUGAGCAGGUCUUGGACUGACCGAAACAUGAGCUUGCGAUCUUGCGAUAGUUCGAUCGAUGAACCAGCUAACCAGCUUGAACAGAAUUGCACAUAAAGUCCAGUUGCCACCUACAGUACACCUGCCAGCUCCCAGAUCCAGCCGUCUUCGGGAACAACAAAGUCUCACUUUAUUUGUGACUCCAUAAACCAUUUCUUUCCGAAAAUGACCAUGUGACCAGACACUUUCUUGUCCAAGAUGACAGCCAGCACUAAGGAACAAGAUCCCAGUCACAAAGGUC